CGUUGUGUAUGUGUGCAUGCUCAAACACGCACGCGCAUGCCUUUGGCCCGUUUGCGUCGUUUAGACGAGAACUCUGUGUCUGGUGUGUGAGGUCUGUCUUUAUAAUCUUCUGGUGAAGAAGCUACUACAUAACACAAGUGAAACUGGCCGAGAAAACGAUUGAAUAAGAAGGUUUGAUGUUGAGCACAGCUAGUAACCAAUAGCAAGCAGGGCUGAUCACUUGCAUAACAAAUCAUUUGUUUUUCCCCAGCUUGUGUUUGCAAGGGAAAGACGUACUGUGUCAAUAUUAUUUACCGGCGUCAACAGUGACAAAUCCAGUUUAGACGCAAAGCAAUCGACAGAAUUGCACGUGCAUAUUUGUGUUUGCAACGGUUGUGGUGAUUGGAAAAAAGAAACAAGUUCAAGUUUAAUUCGUCACCGUUUUACGUCAUAGCAGCGACAGCAAGAAUCUACCCAUUGGCCCAACAUCCUCGGUCGUGGCAAAUAUGAUACGAACGUAGAACAGACAGAGUAGAAACGCAUAGCUUACUCUCAUUGGGCUUCGUAUUCGAUGUGAAAUAGAGAAACGGUGACCCACGCCUUUUGGCUUUGAUAACCUUUGAUAUGCGCUCUCUAUCUUCGAUGGCCUUUUUACCAUCGUCAUCUCUGCUGCUUGCUCUGACUGCUGCCUAAAAUCUAUAUGAGAUGCGGGCCUUAUUCAGUUUCUAUGCAACUCUGAUGCCUGAUGACCGUUAUUUGGCUGCUGUAUGUCUGUGAUUGUGCCGCAACAGGACAUGAUGAUGGAUCCGUCUCAGCAGAGCGGCCUCAAGAUCAAGCAGGAGAUUAUCACCACUCCGACACCAUCGCCAUCUCAGCAACAUCACGUGCUGUCUAGUUACCAACAACACGUCAGCAAUCAACAGCAGCAGUACUUUUUGCAGCAAUCAGCGAUCGAGGUUCACCAUCACAAAAAUCAUUUGCCGUCGUACGCGGCCGUUCACCAGCAGCAACACGGAGAUCAGUUAUCAAUGAAAAGAUCUGUCGAUCACCACAAGGAACAAUCUUCUUCAUCGUCGGCGCUGCAACAACAACAUUCGACGUCGGCAACGAAAUCCGAGACGGAUCAGCAAUUGUCGCCAGCACAGCAUCAACAACAAUCGGAUUACAAUCCCAACAUAAAACCCCCCUAUUCAUAUGUAGCUUUAAUUGCUAUGGCCAUCAAAGAGAGUCGUGAAAAGCGGCUGACCCUGUCCGAAAUUUACAAUUACAUAACUAAGAAGUUCCCUUAUUACGAGAAGAACAAAAAGGGAUGGCAGAACAGUAUCCGACACAAUCUAAGUCUGAACGAAUGUUUCGUCAAAAUCCCACGCGAAGGAAAUGCGACGGGCGAUCGUAAAGGGAACUAUUGGACCCUAGAUCCUCAAUAUGAAGACAUGUUUGAGAAUGGAAAUUACAAGCGAAGACGUCGAAUGAAACGACCGUAUUCGAUGAGCAACAGAGCAGCGGCCGCAGCUGCCGCGGCCGCCGCUAAUUCAGCCGCCGCCCUCAACAAGUCUCUGUUCAAUUCAGACGCGUUAAGUGGACAUAUUGGCCGUACAUUUUUCGCUCCACCAACCUAUUCUCCGGCCGCUUGUUGGACUGGAGCCCAUCAUCAGACGUCUUCACCUCACUUAUACAUCCGCCCACCAUAGCAAUUUCAACGCAUUGCAAGCACCGUUUAGGAAAUCGUCACUCCCGCCUCAGAUGCAGCCAUCUCUACAUCAGCCGCAUUUCGCUUAUCAAUCGAUGGCCAAUUACCCGACCAUGUCUCACAGCAAUUUACUUAACGGCCAUCACCUGGCGGGAAAUUCGAGUUACGCUAGCGGAUCAAGUCCACUCGCCUACGCGGCCAACGGAUGUAGCAGCAACCGGCAUCACCACCAACAGCAGCAAUCCGUCAGCAGUAGUGCUGGUGGUAUUGAAACAAAUGAAGCGAGUAUGAGCCGCGAGACGUCGAUGACCGCCGUCAGUGUGUCGACUGCGUCUUCUUCCGCUGAUCUAUCCGCCAACUUUCCCGUCACUAACUCGUCGUCAUCUUCUUCGUCGUCCUCGUCGCAUUACCACUACCAUUCGUCUUGGAAUGAAGCCAAGAUCUAAAUACAUAUAGUACAGUUGUUAUACACACGUCAGUCACUAGCGCCAGAAACUGGUCACAAUGAGAUGUAAUGAAGAGAAGAGAAUAAGCAAACAAGAAAAGACAAAUUUCUUUCUAUAACUGUUUAACAUUUGGUGUUUUUAUUUCGCCUGUUUGUUUUUGUUCUCCAAAUUUCAAACAUGCACCAAAAAAAAAAUUAUUAUAUUAUUACUUUAAUGCGAAUAUCUCGUUUUUGUCUUGUUGGGAAUCUCACUACAUUACACAUUCAUCGUGCACAAAGAAGAAAA